AUGGCCACCCUUGACGUCGAGGCUUUACUCGAUGCUACUGCUAGCAACAAGAAUGAUACCAAGGAGAGCGGACCUAAAGAUUCUGACGAUCGCGUAAAAUCCGACCGAAACGAACGUAGAGACCGCGACCGCAGCCCUGGCCGAAGACGCGAUCGUAGCAGCGACCGCGGACGACGUGACCGGGGUGAUGAUAGGGAGGCUACACCUCGUAGUGACGCAGGUAGCCACAAAAGUAGGCGCAGAAGUCGGAGUCGUGAUGAUGACCGUCGACACUCACGUCGUCACAGAGGAGGCGAUGGAGAUUACUACCGCAGCGGCGGACGCGGCCGGGACCGCACUCGCUCGCGAUCUCCUCGUCGACAUUACCGCCCAAGGGACGACCACCGCGACCGUGAUCGUGACCGUGAUGACCGCGGUAACUUCCGAGGAAGGGAUGAAGACAGACCCAGAGGAGGUCGUACGCCAAAGCGUGAUCCGACUCCCCAACUAACCGAGGACGAGCGAGAUCGUCGUACCGUAUUUGUCCAGCAGCUAGCUGCUCGUCUUCGCACUAAGGAGCUAAAAGAGUUCUUCGAGAAAGUUGGUCCUGUCAACGAGGCUCAGAUUGUGAAAGAUCGUAUAAGCGGCAGGUCCAAAGGUGUUGGCUACGUUGAAUUUAAAAACGAAGAAUCCGUUACUGCUGCUCUUCAGCUCACAGGUCACCAACUCCUAGGUAUCCCGGUUAUUGUCCAGCUGACCGAGGCUGAGAAGAAUCGCCAAGUUCGUAACACCGAAGGCUCGGGCUCCCACGCCAAUUCGAUCCCCUUUCAUCGACUCUACGUAGGCAAUAUUCACUUUAGCAUUACUGAACAAGACCUACAAAACGUCUUCGAACCCUUCGGCGAGCUCGAAUUUGUCCAGCUUCAAAAAGAUGAUACAGGUCGCAGCCGUGGUUAUGGAUUUGUACAGUUCCGUGAAGCUGACCAGGCUCGUGAGGCGCUUGAGAAGAUGAAUGGGUUUGACCUUGCCGGUCGUCCAAUCCGUGUUGGUCUUGGUAAUGAUAAGUUUACCCCCGAAUCAACUGCCAAUAUCCUACAGAGGUUCCAGGGUCAAAACCAGCCAUACCAGGGAUCUGCAUUCUCCGGUGCUGGUGGACGAGGGCCUCAAGCUUCCGGAUUCGACCGAGCAGGAGGUCGUGACAACGACAAGGCGACAGGCGCAAGCGCCCUAGAUGACACUGAUGUUGCGGGAGUCAAUUUUAACAACUAUAGUCGCGACGCCCUAAUGAGAAAGCUUGCCCGAACCGACGAUGCUUCCAACGGAAGUCGUGAUGAGAGACAGAUUCUUAAACCCAAGACAGAGACUAAGCCGCUCCCCGUGAAUGUUAACAUGGCCAGCCGCUGUGUUGUUCUUCACAAUAUGUUUGAUCCAGCUGAAGAAGAAGGUGAAAAUUGGAUUAAGGAAUUGGAGGAUGACGUUCGACAGGAAGCCGAAGAGAAAUAUGGUCACGUAGUCCAUAUUUCCCUCGAUCCGAACUCGCCGGGCGAUAUCUUCCUCAAAUUUGACAAGGUUCAAGGAGGCGAGAACGCCAUUAAGGGGCUCAACGGUCGUUAUUUUGGUGGACGGAUGAUCAGCGCUGCGCCUGUUGUGGACGCCGUCUACAGCAGUUUGUUCUCUCGUACUAAGGCUAUUUAA